ACAUUUUGUCGCGUGGCAUAUAGUGUGUAAAUAUAGUCGGCCAGUAUAAAACCAAACGUCGAGGUAGACGGUCGUAUUAUCGACAUUUUGACGCUAAAAUUUACAUUUGUACUAAAAUUCAAAUACAAUGUGACUGAGACUAGAAAUCUAAACAGUGUACUUAAAUAUUUUACAGUAAUAAAUUCUCAUUUAGUAAAGUGUAAAGUUUGUGUUAGUGAUUUGUUGAUAGUCGUAAAUGUUGAUAUUGAUCGUUACGCGGAGAAGAAUCAGUUCCCAGAAUUUGAGGUUGUUUCCGACUGCAAAAAAUUACCUAACGUGGUGUAAUCUUUUAUAGUAAGUAGAUUAAUAUAAAGCAAGAUGACGAAAGGCAACAGAAAAGUGCAGUACCUGAUUACAUAUGCAGUAUCAAUAGCGUCUGUUGGUAUGGGCGCAUAUUCCUCGUGGCCUGCCCCAGUGAUGCCCAAAUUCCAAAAUAAUGAGACUGAUAUCGAGAUUUCAAGUAACGAGAUUGCGUGGAUGGUAUCGAUGACGUCACCUGGCUUCAUGACUGGCAGUCUGGCUACGAGGUUCCUGGCUGACCAGCUUGGCAGGCGUGCCACUAUUCUGGCUAGCGUGCUGCCUGUUGCUGUUGGCACCUUAAUCGUGGCAUUUUCCGUACAAGCAUGGCUGUUGUACUUAACUAGGUUCCUUUGGGGAACUGGUAGUGGUAUGGUUGGCACUGUGAUAGCCCUAUAUCUCGCUGAAGUGGUAGACAAAGAAAUCAGAGGCAAAUUGACUCUAGUCACAAGAUUUAUGUUCAACUUUGGUAACCUUCUUAUAAUGUGUAUAGGCCCUUUUGUGGCCUACAGGACUUUGAAUUUCAUGCUCUUAGCAUUGCCCUUGUGUACCAUAGUGACAUGUUGGUGGAUACCAGAGUCCCCAUACUAUCUACUGAAGGAAGGGAAAGUGGACGAAGCACGGAAAGUUCUGACAGUAAUCCGAUUAUACGAGGAUGAUAAGAUGUUAGAAGAUGACUUGUCUCAACUGAGGUCUGACGUGAGGAAUGAAAUGCGAAGCUCCAGUUCGGCUAAAGAACUGUUCACCGGCAAGAAGUAUAGGAAAGCUGUUUUUAUAGCUACAGGUAUGAAAUUGACUCAGAUACUGACAGGGCAGUUGAUUGUGGCGCAAUAUUUGGGUCUCAUUAUGAUGGAGAGUCGCACCAAUAUUCCCUUAUCUAUCGUCUUCAUCAUAUUUGGGGCUGUCAGGUUUGUCACAGGUGUGAUGUCAUCAAUUCUAGCAGACAGACUCGGACGUCGACCUUUACUCAUCUACUCCUACUUAGGCGCUGGUAUAUCUUUAUUCAUAAUAGGCAUAUACUUCUUCUUGCUCGAAGUACUUCAAAUUCACCAUGAGGUUUUGCAACCUGUUAGCUUCAUCCCCUUUGCUGGGAUCAUAGCAUGCAAUGUUAUAUCCACUUUAGGCUAUUAUUCCGUCAUCACUCUUGUACCAGCUGAGAUAUUCCCAUUGAACAUUAAAGCUGUAGCUAUGACGUCAUUAAGUAUAUUUGGAGGGUUGUUGAACUUUGGAGUGGCCAGAGGUUACCAGGGUUUGAAGGAUGUCGCAGGAUUGUGUGGUGUUUUUUCGUUCUUAGGCACAGCAGCCGUCGCUGGUUGCAUAUUUUGUACUCUUUAUGUACAUGAAACUAAAGGGAAAAGUUUAAGAGAAAUACAAAUACUACUGCAAGGUGAUUUAUAUAAGACUGAUGAUAUAGUAAAAUUGAAUCAAGUAGAAAGUGAUUUAGAUAAAGAUGUGCCUGAAAUGAAAGAGCUGUUAGAAGUAAGUAAUAAAGCUAUUUAACUUAUUUUCGUACGAAAUAAAUUGUAAGUGAGUAUAUAAAUAAAGUGAAGUAAAGUGAUAAUGAUCUGAUUAAAAAGAAGAACCAUAACUAUAGUACUUACUGUCAGAUUUAAAAAAGUAAUUGUAGUACAACUACACAGUACAAUAACAGGAUGCUGACAAUAAUUAUAGUCUAAAAUACACCACAUACAUAAACUCACGCCUAUUUCGCACUGGGGUAUUCAAAGACUAUUGAAUUCCAUCAGCUUCGAUCCUGACACACUUCUCUUGUUUCCGCUACAUUUAUAAAUUGUUUUAUACACGCACGCCAAUUCAGAGUAAAUCAUACUGAACCUUUUCUAAGGACAUCUCCAAUUUUGUCAAUGUACGUCCUUCUAGGUCUUUCUCUACCAGCCCUACCACCAACCUUCGCUGCUUUCGUAAUCAACCAACUUAACAUUCCCGUCUCAAUCUUAGUCACUAUAUCAUCUUUUACACCACAUCUUUCUCUUAUCACACUGUUUCUCACUCUAAUACUCAAUUUAACACCGCAGAUGCUACGCAACAACCUAAUUUUUACGGCAAUAAUCCUACGUUCAUGCUUCUUCUGCCAUACCCAACAUUCACUACCGUACUUCAGCGUAGGGACAAGUAUUGCAUUGUGAACAGCCAUCCUCGCACAUUGCGAUGAUGCUAUUACAGCAUUUGUAAAAUUUUCGUAAUUCGUAGUGUGUGAUAAAUUAGUAAUUAUUAUUAGGGAUAUAACACCAUUCAUAUCAAGGACUAUUAGGAUUUUUUUUAUAUUUAUCUAAAUGAUACGUCGAUCGCUUCUUCUCCUCGUGGAAGAACGAAGUCAAGAGCAAACCCAUUUUAAUAAAAAAAAAUGAUAGUGAAACAAACAUUAUGUUAUUUACAGUAUUAUAUUGUUAAGUUGUUCUUAUAUUUUUUUCGAUGCGUUUAAACAUACACUGGUGGACAAAAAAUACCGGGCAUUUGUCAUUUAUUACUUUCUGACUCUGCAUAUUAUUUUUAAAAUGACACCUAUGUACCUCAGGCAUAUCAUCAAUAUUUCUUGUAAACAGUAAUUAAAAACCCUGUAACAGAAAUUGAGUCCAUUUCUUUGUUCACCAGUAGGAAUAUUUACGAGUAUUAUUUUAUUCGUCAAAACUUGGCGAAAAGUUAUCAUUGUACUUAUGUCUUCAGUAACUUUGCAAAGGUUAUCUGUAUUUUAUUUAGAAAGAGGUUAUAGAAACAGACUAGAUAAUUAAUUGUACUUAAAGAUCAAUGUGACAAAACAUGUCUGCGUUCAUGAUGAUUUUAUUGGUAAUUUCUCUUAUUAUAGAUAUACCAACGUAGAUUACACUCUGUCGCCUGAAAAAUAAUUAUAUAGAUGCAGGAUUUGGCAGGAACGGGUACACCUCCCAAACCCUGUUGUUUCGCCGUCCGAGAGACCUCCGCCAGGUCUUGAUUUGCCUUGGUUACUUGGAAGUCUCUAAAUAGACUUCGGACUUAGGUGGACCGAAGUAAGGACAAUUUGUUCAGGUGGGGUUUCUCGGAUGGGUCGGACUUAAAGUGCAAGUGCGUCGUGUCCUGCGUGCCCGAACACUUGCACGCAGGAGGAUCUGAUGAGCGCAGCAGAUAGCGCCAUACUUGUUGCCAAGUUUUGGGCCGAUACUAUUUAGUUUACCAUCGACACCAUACGAAGAAGAAUGUUAUAUACCUAUGAAAAAAUAUGAAAUGAUUUUCAUAACAAUGUGAGAGAGUGUGAGUACUUAGUUCAUCUUGAGAUGGAGGUACCUCCGACUACCCCAUAUGGUCGUCAACUUAUGCUAUUCUGCACAAAUAAUAGUACCUGACAUUGUAAUUGUGUAUCUUCUGCCAUCGUCGUGUUAUUUGCACGAAGCUUUUAAGCAAAGCAACUGUUCUUUGAGACAAUUAAAACUAAUGGUCGAGUAAAGAUUAGCUGCAAAAUAAGUAAACAUUUUUAUUUAUUGUGUUUUCAAUUGUGUACAGAAUAUUUUUAUAAGUAACUAUGUUUAGUAGGUAAUAUUUCGUAUUAAGUACAUUAAUUUCACAGCAACCAUUUCAUCAGCGCUCAUGUAAUUCUGUGAUAGAUUUUUGGGUAAGUAAUUCGGACAAUUUGUGCAAAAUGACUAGGUAACACGUUCAUAAAACUUAAUGAUGUACCUACUUAAGUAUAUAGAAUAGUAACUGUGAAUCCAGUCCAAUAGGUAGUAAGUAGUAGUUAUUAAAUAAUAAAA